CCUAAAGCAAAAUUAAAGUAAGAAAACACACCCCAAAAACCAAGACCAAAAUUGUUGUACGAAACCAAAAUGGGAAAUGAAGAAAUAUCAGUGAUAAUGGUUCCUUUCCCAGCUCAGGGCCAUCUGAAUCAAAUGCUGCAGCUCUCCUGCCACAUCUCCUCCUACAAGAUUCCGGUCCACUACGUUGGUUCCGCCGUCUUCAACCGCCAGGCCAGACUCCGCGCCAACGCCCUCAAUCCCACCGACGUCGACAAGAUCAUAUUCCAAGACCUCCCCGUGCCGCCCUUCGCCUCUCCGCCUCCGCUCCCUAACCCAACCAAGAAAUUUCCCACGCACCUCCAGCCCGCCUGGGACGCUGCCACGAGCAUGGUGGGCCCCCUGGGAGACUUGAUGCGAAGUCUGGCACUCGAGCAUCGCAGGGUCAUUGUUAUCCACGACCCCUUAAUAGCCUCCGUGGUCAAGGAUGUUGCUAACAUUCCCAAUGCGGAAUCCUACGCCUUCAUCUGCCUCUCCGCCUACUGUCAGGUGAAGUUCAUUACGGAGAUGAUGGGGAUAACUUGCCCCAUCCCGCGGCUGCGGGAGCUGCCGCCGGUAUCAGCCACCAUCUCCGAAGAGCUUUAUUCCUUCAUCGGAUUGCAGGAUGAAGGGAUGGCUUUGAGAUCCGGAGAUAUUAUUAAUACUUGCAGAUCGGUUGAAGGCCCGUUUUUGGAGAUACUGGAAAGCAAGGAGAUUGCCGGAGGCCUGAAGAGCUGGGCUAUCGGGCCGCUGAUUCCAGAGAAGCCUUCAAAAUCAGAAUCCCAUAAUCAAAUCUUCAUGUGGCUGGAUAAACAGGGGCCGAGGUCGGUUAUCUUCGUCUCAUUCGGCACCACCACGACCCUCACUGACCAUGAAGUACAGGUGAUAGCUGAGGGACUUGAGCGGAGCGGGCAGAAGUUCAUAUGGGUGCUGAGAGAAGCCGACACAGCAAAUGUGUUCGACAGGGAGGCGCGGAGGGUUGAGCUCCCGGAGGGGUUCGAGGAGAGGGUUAAAGAGAGAGGAGUUGUGGUGAGAGAGUGGGCGCCGCAGCCGGAGAUCUUAGCGCAUCCCUCCACGGGUGGCUUCAUGAGCCACUGUGGAUGGAAUUCGUGCAACGAGAGCAUCAAGAUGGGGGUCCCGAUCGCCGCCUGGCCGAUGCAUUCGGAUCAGCCCACCAACGCGGUUUUCAUCACGGAGGUGCUGAAGGUGGGGCUGCCGGUGAGGAGAUGGGGCGAGGUUGUGACGGUGGAGAUGGUGGAGGAUGCUGUGAGGAGGCUGAUUGAAUCAGAGGAAGGUGGCGAGGCUAGGAAGAAGGCGGAGGAGCUGGCCGCAGUCGUUCGAGGGGCGACGGAGGAAGGCGGCGCGUCGCGGCUUGAGUUGGAUGCGUUUAUUGCUCAUAUUACGCGACAAUGAGUGUUUUUGUUUUCUUCUUUUCCUUUCUUAUUUUUUCUAUUGGAAUUGUGUAUGCUUGGUGGGGAAUAAAGCGUUUUUAAUUA